UAGCGCCAAACACGGCGUUGUUUCGAAGUAUAUUUUAUUCACUUGAUGCCAAUUUGGCUCGCGCGAAGAUGUGUGAGGUGCGAAAUCUUAUUGACUUGACCGAAUGGGAUGAGCCCAACAAGGAGGCGUUCGAGGAGACGGACGACGUGGUGGUCGCCGCGAAAUUCCAAGGUCCCUAUGACCCCUUCGAUCUGAUGGAGAAGGAGGCUAGCAUCAAGGGUAUGACUUUAAAGACACAGAUCACGGAAAAGGUGUCCAGCGCCGAAAGGCAAUAUCCGGACCUCAAUAACGAGAGCCCCCCGGUUUGCAUGCAGACGGAUGCGGCGUCCGGAGAAAACUCCCAGAAACGGCGCUCGAACAGCUCGUUCCAAAAGCAGCUGCUAAAACUAAAUGCCUCACGAUCCGUGGCCAAUACGCCGCCUCACAAUCGGUCCAAAGCGUGUUUCGAGAAGGCAAUUCUAAACGACGAUCUGCAGAUGCUGGCAGCAGAGUCGCCGCUGAAGCUUAUUAAAGACGACGACGUGCUAUCCUCCAGCCUCAGUUUCGAGGAAGACCUCAAAAUGUUACGUAUACCGAUUCUAGACGCCUUAAAUAAUGGGGAACUCAAAUCAAGUGCCGAUGAAAAAACACCAGUUACUGAAAUUGAUGCGAAACCCCAUGAAAGUUCUGAACCAGAAGUUGAUCAAUCACCGACGAAAGAUUUAAGCCAACUCCUAAAACAGCUGAAAAUUUUAGCUCAUGAACACGUUCAGAGGACCAAGUGGCAUCUGUUUGACACUGCAAUUGAAUCAAUUGCUGCAGUCAUCUUCGGUCCCAGUGACGCUUGUGUGGAGGCCCGAAAAGCCGAUCCAGCAUUACAGUCGCCUUACUCAUACACCCGACAGGGAACUUUCGAUCUCGAACUUCAAGGUUCAAAAACAAAGCGUUCUUUUGAAACUGUGCAGCUACCGGAGGAGGAGAUCGGGUGCCCAUCAGUGACGCCUAGCAGCAACGAUCAAAACUUUCCCGAUGUCAUGGUCUGCUCUGCAGCCACCUUUGACGCCGACUCCCGUCUAGACCCAUUUGAAAACGACUUGAACCCAGUUCCACCGAUGAUAUCUUUCUCACCCGUCACCAGAAACGAGCCUUAUAUGACAGAGUUGGUCGACGAACGACUCGCUCUGCAGAUCAAUGAGCUGCUGGAACGGCACAAACUCUCAAAGACGGCGAUCGGCGAUCACGAACCACAAGGUGUCGAUCCCAGGACAGUCAUAUUGUUGGUAAAUCCCAGUAGCUAUGGCAGUCAGCAUGCAUUCUCCUCCAGCUGUAUUGCGAAGCCGAAUCCAAUGCCAUUAAAAGAUUCCAACGAUGCAGGCUCAAUGCGCCGACGAUCGUCUUCACUGUCCAUUCAGGACAAGUCCAAGCUACCCAGGGAAGUCCUGAAAUCCGAUCGCCAAGUGGAAAAUCUCCCGCCGCCCAAGGAAGCCAAAAGCACAGCCACUGUAGGCCCAAUAAAUGGACCAGCUUCGUUUCAAAAGAGCAACUCCUUUUCCACGCCUAGCAAUCCGUCCACAAAGGCCUACGAAAGCAGACGCACCCUUCUGAGCAGCCGCUUGAAAACCACAUCAAUUACGGAAUCCGUGGCAAAAUCCAAUGGAACCAUGAAGGCGACGAAACCUAUUAAGCCGGUGGUUCCGAUUAUGAAAGUGACCGCGACGAACGAGUCCACCUACCUCAAUCCCGUCCACCCACGUGUCCCAGAGACGCCUAUAUCUUCGAGGACCAAGCCCGUUCAAAAGAUAUCCUGCACUAGCACGCCACUACCGCAAAUGCGCUGCCAGCAGCGUAAAUCCCUCAAGCCUUUGGGCAUGGCCGCAGGAUCAUCCCUGUCUAAUGCCUCCUACUCGACGCCAAGUUUUAGGGGCCCGAGCUUCUCCAAGAAAACCGGUUCCGGAUAGAGUGCAUUGCGUAGAAAGCAAGAUAGGUAGCACUUCCUUGUCCCGUGGUGGUGGCGCAAUGUCGCCUGAAAGUGAAUUCAAAUGUGAUGUCAAGUUAUGAGGUCAAGUUUUUAACCUUGAAGAUAAACCAACAGUGUGAAAACGGCUUGGCUAUCUCCCUAUAUUUUUGUUUUACUUAUUUUUGUUUAACGUCUCAAGAUAAAGCAAACUGAUAUGUACUCUGUGCGCAAUCUGACUAGGUAGGCAUUUCCAAGAGUAUGCUCAAAUACCCAAUGUAAUGUUUUCUUUUUCAGUGUAAAGUAAAUAACGUGUGGUUAAAUCGAUUGCAUUAGUUACAUGAGCUUGCUCUUAGGAUUGGCUAUCCUCAUAAAUUAGUCACUUGCAAAACUAUUUUUUUUUAAUCUGUUCACUCUCACUCUCAUUGUAUUCGAGUUUAAUAAAAGAUACUAUAAGUUAAAUCACA